GCCCUCGCCGCCGCCACCACACACUUGCAUGCUUCUCUCCAUCUUGUGAUUUCUUUUUUCCUUCUGAACCCUCUAGUGGGGGGUGCGAGUUUGUAUUUCGCCCAUCCACUCCACUGCCUCUUUUCUUCUCGCUCUCCACCCCCUCCCCAGCCUGUUGUGUGCCUUUUUCUUUUCUCAUCCCUCUUCAUUUUUAUUUAUUCAUAUUUAUUUGGCUCCCACUUUCUCGCUCUUGCUCUCUCCUUCCCCCACCCCCUCUCCGGAUCCCUGCUAUAUCCCCGGAGUGGCGCGUCCGGGGCUCCGCCGCUGGCCAGGCGUGAUGUUGCACGUGGAGAUGUUGACGCUGAUGUUUCUGGUGCUCUGGAUGUGUGUGUUCAGCCAGGACCCGGGCUCCAAGGCCGUCGCGGACCGCUACGCUGUCUAUUGGAACAGCAGCAACCCUAGAUUCCAGAGGGGUGACUACCACAUUGACGUCUGCAUCAAUGACUACCUGGAUGUGUUCUGCCCUCACUACGAGGACUCGGUCCCGGAAGACAAGACGGAGCGUUAUGUCCUCUACAUGGUGAACUUUGAUGGCUACAGUGCCUGUGACCACACUUCCAAAGGGUUCAAGAGAUGGGAAUGUAACCGGCCUCACUCUCCAAAUGGACCACUGAAGUUCUCUGAGAAAUUCCAGCUCUUCACGCCCUUUUCUCUAGGAUUUGAGUUCAGGCCAGGCCGGGAAUAUUUCUAUAUCUCCUCUGCAAUCCCAGAUAAUGGAAGAAGGUCCUGUCUAAAGCUCAAAGUCUUUGUGAGACCGACAAAUAGCUGUAUGAAAACUAUAGGUGUUCAUGAUCGUGUUUUCGAUGUUAACGACAAAGUAGAAAAUUCAUUAGAACCAGCAGAUGACACCGUACAUGAGUCAGCCGAGCCAUCCCGCGGCGAGAACGCGGCACAGACACCAAGGAUACCCAGCCGCCUUUUGGCAAUCCUACUGUUCCUCCUGGCGAUGCUUUUGACAUUAUAGCACAGUUUCCUCCCGUCACCUGUCACAGAAAACGUCAGGGUCUUGGAACACCAGAGAUCCACCUAACUGCUCAUCCUAAGAAGGGACUUGUUAUUGGUUUUUAUGGCAGAUGUCAGAUUUUUGUUUUCUUUCUUUCAGCCUGAAUUCUAAGCAACAACUUGGGGCCAGGGAGGGGUGCUAAAGUAGUUGCUGCCUCCCUCACCCCACUCCCAGCCCUUGCCCUUGACUCUUCUCACCCCUUCCAAAUUAAAUGGACUCCAGAUGAAAAUGCCAAAUUGUCGUAGUGACACCAGUGGUCAUCAGCUCCUGAGCAUUCUCCUCUAAGAGCUCACCUCUGCUAGCGCGCUGUGUCAGCAGUAUGUGGACGAGGGAAGACAGUGGCAGAUGCAGCCAGGGAUGGCGAGGCCCAGGAGGGUUCCUCUCCCAUACAAUAUUGAUGCCUUUUCAUUCAGGACUGGAAGAGAACCAUGCAGGGCAUCAUGUCAAGUCCAGAGGGGAGAUAUUAAGAACAGAUAUAAUAUUACACCAUUUCCUCUAGGGUGUGUAAAUGAACAGGCUUCUAAAAGGUUGAGACACUUUGUUUGUUUGUUUGUUUGUUUUUAGAUGACUGUCUUAAAGCAUUUUUGACAGCGACUCUCACGCUUCGUGAAAGAAGCCUUUUUUCCCAGGUGGCGGGUAGGGUGCCGGGAUGCUAGCACAGAGCAAGUGUGACAUCAGAGAAAAGUUUGGUGGGGGUGUGUAUGUGUGAGUGCCUCUAAUUUUUUUGGUGACUGGGCAGUGUACACCAGAUUUUUUUCCCUUUGAAUACAGAUCACCA